GAUUUCAGUUUCAUUAGUUCGCAUAUUUUCAAACGAAAUCGUGUUAUUGUCUGUUAUCACUCAUAAAUAUUUUGUUUUUGACAUUUGUGGUCUAAAGUCAAAAGUGUGACGGUUUUAGUAACAAUUCUUUCAUUUUCUGUUGGUUAAAUAAGUACUAUAGUUGCGUUAUGAGAUGGUGGAUUUGUUACAUCUUGCAUCGUCGAAGGACAACAUCGCAUCUUACUUCGAAAUUAUAACUCAAAUUAAAUCUGCAUUCUGUUCUACUUCGAAAAAGCUAAGCGCUUUGGCUGAUCAACUCCAUGAUGAGCUUUGCAUUGAAUUUUCAAAAGCCACUCGUCAGCUGACUGAUGUUGAUAUCAUCAAGUUCCUAUUCUUCAGAUACUGCCAGAAUGAAGGUGUGCAAAUGUUCCUUUCGGAUCCACAAGAAGAUUUAGUACCGAUCAAUAUGAACAAUUGGGUCGAUUUAGAUCCCGAUGAUAUCGUUUUUCUCAUCAAAGAAUUAGAGUACGAAGUUGACAUUUAUAGCAAUGAAUUCGCACAAGUCAUGAUUUUUAUGAUGAGUUCUUCGGAGGAUGUUGAUAGUACGGCCAUGAUAUCUACUAUUCCUGUUCCAACUAUGGAAUUGGAGAGACGUAAAAUGGCAAUCAAAGCCAUUAUCGCAGAAUUUUCUGGAAAAUUUGAAAGAAGAAUUAUCUGGCGCGGACGUAAUAGAUCACCAUGUCAUCGUAGUUUGAGCACCCCUGGUUAAUUUAAGCUGCGCUUAAAAGGUACAUCUUUACUCAGUAUGAAGUAUCUCAACAACGAGUUUUUCAUUCUCUCGAAACUGUUAUCGAAUUGUGAUAUAAUAAGUAUUCAUAUUAUAAAAAAAAUCAUUUUUUAAAACAACUGCGUUUGCGUAAAAAAAUAAUAUAUUUUUCAUUUUUCAAUAAAAUAUUCUAUCAAUUGUGA